ACAAGAAUUAUCCGACCAUGUCAUACCGAAACAUGAUCAGUUCAUCUUAAAAUAUCAGUCAUUUUCGUAUUUUGUGUUUAGUAGUUAGUCAUGUUUCGUUCUUGUUUGUUUUAUUUGUGGAUAUUAAUUAAAAUAAUUUAUGUUAAUUGCUUAAUCGACACAAAAGGAAAUGUUGCUAGAAUUCCAGAAUUAUCAACAAACACAAAGAAUUCCAAAGACUGUAUUAAUGAAAGCAAAAUAAACUUUUCGCUUAAAUUCCAAUUCGGAGAAAACUUAUUAUUCAAUGUGACAAAAACUAAAUCAACUACUUUAAAUAAACCUGUAUAUGUUAUAAGAAAGGAUCCGAAAGGAAAUCUCUUUGUAAUACAGGAAGCAUUGCUCGACAUACAGAACGUGCAGUUCUACGUGGAUCCUAAUCAUGGAGCCUAUCUAUCAUUCAAUUGUAUACAAGACAAUACAGGAAAUUAUAAAUUAUAUCUUACCGGUACAUUCGUCCAUGAUGGUGUGGAAUUUACAUUAUCUCCCGGAAAUAAACAAAUAGACUCUAACCAAGAAACAUGGUAUACAGUUGAGAGAAGACUACAACUUCAAGCUGGACAUCAUGAUUACGUUCCUCUAACUCAGGCAAUUCCAGCGACACAUAUAGACAGAAUAAGAGGUCAACUUGAAGUUCAUCGUUCCAAAAGACAAGUCCAGAUAACACAGCCAUUCAUAAUAGACGUUUUAGUAGUUAUAGACUAUUCAAUAUACAAACGAUGGUUGUCGAAAACAAAAAAUGACAGAACUGCAAAAGAUGAAAUUAGAAAAUAUUUUUCUCACUUUAUGAAUGAGGUUGAUAUGAGAUAUAGGUCGAUACGAGACGAUGAGAUUAAUAUUAACAUACAAGUAACAGCAUUUCUAAUAGCAGAUACUGAACAGGCUUAUCCAUGGAGUGAAGUCAGGAAAGAGAAAUCUUCAACUAGAGACUUGUUGAAUGCUGAUGCAGGAUUACGAGACUUUCGUUCUUGGGUUGCCAAUACUGUUAAUUUACCCUUGCAUGAUCAUGCAAUUUUAUUUACCGGUUAUGAUUUAUAUACAGAGGUGAACAAAUUCAAACUUUUACACACCGCAGGUUUAGCUUUUAUUGGCUCCUUAUGUAGGCCUAACGGAGAUAGUGUUUCUAUAGUAGAAGACAAUGGUGGAUUUCAGAAUGUUGGUACUGCUGCACACGAACUAGGACAUAGUCUUGGUGCCUUGCAUGAUGGUGAGAAAAAUGAAUGCCAGUCAUCUGACCGAUAUGUUAUGGCGACAUCUACAAAUCAGACUAUCCCAGUAGAGAAAAGGAUAAACCAAUGGCAGUUUUCACGGUGCUCGAUUGAAUAUUUCCGUAGUUUUAUUUCUGAUUUAAUGAGUAAAGGUGCUACUUGUUUGACAGAAAGUUUUAAAGAUGCUCGAGUUGUGGACUCGAAAAAUAUGCCAGGACAAGUAUUUACGCCAAACCAGCAAUGUCAGCAGAUAUGGGGAAAUCAGUCUUACAUUUGUCAGGGUACAGAGUUUGGAAAUGCCAGUAGUAUAUGUACGUCUAUGUACUGCCUUGAUCCAAGUACAGAUAACGAUUGUGUACUACAAACAGCAGUGAGAGGAACAUCAUGUGGAUUUAGAAAGUGGUGUGUUGAAGGCCGUUGUAUUUACUCUGAUGAAGCACCAGAAAAAGAUGAUAAAUGUCCACAUGGUGACCAGCCUGGUGUAGCAUUUGUUGGACAAACCUGUGAGGCUCUUGUGAGUACAACACCAGCAUAUUGUUAUCAAGAGAAGGUCAGGAGCCGAUGUUGUGCCUCAUGUGCCAAACUUUUUACCUGGCAAGCAGGUUGUGAGUAUGGGGAUAGAGUAAAGGGUUGUCAACCAUGGCACUGCACAAUUACCGUCAAAGACCGUGACCUGAAGUCAGAGUGUUGUUCUACAUGUAAAACGGGAAUACCUAUCCCAGUGACACAGAGACCUACAUACACUAUCAGUCCCUACACUACAAAGGCUCCGCCAGUAGCUCCUAAGUUAGACCAAUGUGAGGAUAUAGCUACUAUCAAUGGAUAUAUGUGUGAAAAUUUCAUCGAAAAAUAUGGCAGACAUGUGUGUUAUGAUAGCGUAGUAAAUUCCCAUUGUUGUCAGUCUUGCACGAGAACACAGACUGAACCUACACAUUGCAUGUAUGGUGACACAAAUCCUUCACUGUGCCAACAUCAUGCAGAAAAUCAGACAUCAGUUUGUGGUGCUUUAAAAGAUUACUGUUGUCAAUCAUGUGGGUUGACCUUAGGAUUGAACUCAGGGUCGUCCAUAGUUACAUGGACAAUUUUGUCAAUGGCAACUAGUUUAAUAGCUUUAAUUAAUCUUUACUUUUAAACCAAUUUAAAACCUUCUGUAACAGUGCCAAACAUGUUUUGCUUUUUAGUUUAAACAGACUGCUAGUCAUUUUAUUAAUUUGUUUAAAAUUUGUUGUUACCUUAUAUUAUAUAUUUUUGUUUAUAUCUUAACAGAUUAAUGUAAGUUUGUUUGUCAGUAAUCUAAUGUAUAAUAUAUGUAUACAGAAACUAUUGAAUUCAGUAGUAUAACAAUAAUGCAAUUGGAGUAUAACACAAUAACAAAUAGCAAUCAAGUCAUUGUCAAAAAUAUGUUGUAUAAAAUAAGUAUUAUUAUUAGACUUAACGCCACAAUAGAAAAUAAAACCUUAUUAUCGCCCUCCUUUCAUUUUAAUGCAUUUAAUUACCUUAUCUGAGAUUAUUUCAGCUACAGUACCACCACCACAAGUGGAAGUUUCUUAACUUUUUGUAUAUUAAUAUAGGAAAAUGUGGUAUGAGUGCCAAUGACAAAACUCUCAAUCCAAGUCACAAUUUGUAAAGGUAGACCAUUAAAGGUAGAAGUACAGUCUUCAGCACUGAGCAUUGGCUCACAUCACACAGCAAGCAUAAAGUGCCCCAAAAAUGACCAGACUAGUCUUUCAUCCUUUGGUCCGUCUUUCUUUAAUAUCUUGUCCCCUUUCACAUCUUUUGACUUCUUGAUUACCAAGAUUCAGCAUAAGUUAUAUUAGAGUGAAAUGGAAUAAUUAAUUAUGUGAUUUUAAAGUGUCUACUAUGGAACAGCCAUUAGAGGCCUGUAAUGUAUAUGAAGCUAGUUUAAAAAAUUCUGAAGUGUACUUGAAAAAAUCUAAAUCUAAUUAAACUCCAAUUUUUAUAUAUAUGGAAUGCUUUUAUAUAUAGAUAUUUUUCUUAACACCAAAAGAUAAUCUAUAUAAAUUAUGAACUAAUAGAGCAUUUGUUGAGUCAAACUUAAUUUCGUCUGAUUUUUAAUAUUUUUCUUUUGCAUUGUAAUUCAUCAUAAAGUAAUUUUUCUUAAUUUUAUUUCAUCAUUAUCUCUGUUAAUUAAUGUUAAUCCAAGUUAUGAAGUUCAUUGCUAAGUGUUAAGUGAAGAAAAACAAAUCAAUGCAUCAUGCAUCUUUUUUUUAGGUAUUUUGCCUACAAGUGUAAAAAAGAACAAACAAAAAUAGAACAAUUUUUUUUUAACAAAAAUACACUUUCUAAAAGAAUGCUCAUAACAGAAAUGUAUGCAUACUUAAAAAAAGAAAUAAAAAGCCCUAUUGGUGAAAACAAUGUACAAAAUUAAAGUUGUGUGGUAAUUUUUGAAGUUUUACUUAUUUGUAGAACUUGAAAAAUCACCACACAACUUUAAUUUUAGAGAUAUGCAUUUUGUUAUGUGGAGAAGUUAGGAAAAACGCUAUAUUAACACAAUUUGUACACAUUUAUAUGGUUUAAUGGACUCUGUUUUAACCAUAUAAUUUAUACAAUGCAGUUAUAUCACAGAAUUGGAAAAAUGGGAUUAGUUUUAAGAACUUUUAUGAAAAAUAAAUAAAAUUUAUCUUAUGCAGGUCAGUUCUAGUCCUGUAGCUUUAAAUGGCUAUUUUAAACAGUGGCUUACGCUAAAGUUGAUGGAUAAUUCCUACACUAAAGGAAAUUUAUAUCAUAAAUAUUCCUUCCUCGAAAAUGCUUUUUUUUUAGUUUUUAUUUUUUCUUACUUUUAAAGGCAGAUUUUUGUAAUAUCAAUCCUAUUACAAUAUUAUUUUAUAAAUGUAAAAGAAUGAUACUUGAAUUCAUUGUGGUUGCAGGAUGACUGAUAAAAAUGUCUUAUCUACAAAUAUAUUUUCUAAAACAGGCCUGCUUUAAAAAAA